GCCCAGCAUGAUGAGGUUGCAUAACAGCUGGCACUGGAAUCACACCGCAUUAAUUUUCAAAACACAGCUGUUCAAAAAAGUGUCUGAUUAGUGGGGUACAGUGUCAAACAAAAUGCUGGAUCUAUUUACAAUUUUUAGCAAAGGGGGAAUAGUUCUAUGGUGUUUUCAGGGAACAAGCCAGAUAUUCACUCCCUCUGUGAAUGCCUUAAUCAAGACCGUUAUUUUGCAGGAACGGUCCGGCAACAACAGUUUUGAUCACAAUGGGCUGACACUAAAAUAUAAACUCGACAAUGAGUUCGAGUUAAUUUUUGUUGUAGCAUUCCAGAAGAUACUUCAGCUAUCUUAUGUAGAUAAAUUCCUUGAUGAUGUACACUUAGAAUUUAGAGACAAGUACAAGGAAGAUCUACAAAACAGUCGAUAUUUUCAGAAUUUCGACUUCUCAAGAUGCUUUCAAUCAGUGCUUCUUUCUUGUGAAGAGUGGGGCAAAAAGCAAGCAUGCAUUCCUAAGCAGAUGCGAACAUUCGAAGAAUCACAAAAAUCAAAAAAGACAGUAGCAUCUAUGAUAGAACGUAAGGGAGACGAAAAGGAGAACAAAAAGAAAGGCAAAAAUAAUGAACCGGUGAAGAAAGAGCAACUAGAUAAUAACAAUGUAGAUAAAGUAACGACAGUAUUGAAUAAUUCUAAUAAAAACGAGCAGCUGAGCAAUGAGGACUUAAUCAUGCAAAACAGGAUGAAACUGGCUCAAAAGAUGGGAUCGCCGAAUGCAAGGAAGAAUAAGCAACCUAAAAGUCCGAAACCGGCAAAGGAGGGUAAAAAGCCACGAGUUUGGGACCUUGGUGGCAAUGCAAAGGAUGUGGCAGUGCUGGAGUACACACGUGACAAGCCACAAAAUGAUGAUGACAUUGGCAGUAAUGUGCAGGCUGACUCUACGAUGGUAGGGCAAAUGGUGGGAGGCAUAAGAGACUUGGAAGUGGAGAGUGAAGAGGAUGACGAUGAUGACGAUGAUGAUGACGACGAGCAACAAGUACAACAAAACACAAACAAGAAACAAUCCUCAAAGUCAUCGGGAAUGUUUUCUAUGUUCAGGGGCUUGGUUGGACAAAAAAGCUUGUCAAGAGAAAGUAUGCAGCCGGCUCUGGAUAAAUUGAGGGACCAUCUCAUAUCGAAAAAUGUGGCAUCCGACAUCGCUUAUAAACUGUGUGAUUCAGUUGCAUCGAAAUUGGAGGGCAAGGUGCUUGGAACAUUCGAGAGCAUCGCUUCGACAGUGAAAACUACGCUGACGGAUUCGCUUGUGCAGAUUCUGUCACCCAGGCGUCGCGUGGACAUAUUGCGAGACGCCAUGGAGGCCAAGCGGCAAGGCAGGCCCUUCGUCAUGGCCUUUUGUGGCGUCAACGGCGUCGGAAAGUCCACUAACUUGGCCAAGAUUUGCUUCUGGCUGAUCGAGAACAAUCUGCGCGUGCUGAUAGCCGCCUGCGACACGUUCAGGGCGGGCGCAGUCGAACAGUUGCGCACGCACACGCGCCACCUCAACGCCCUCCACCCUCCCGGUCGCCACAAUGGCUCGCAGAUGGUCCAGCUCUACGAAAAGGGAUAUGGUAAAGACGCAGCUGGUAUUGCAAUGGAGGCCAUAAGUCACGCUCGAGACAAUAGAAUCGAUGUUGUGCUGAUCGAUACAGCUGGCAGAAUGCAGGAUAAGGAACCACUCAUGAGAGCUUUAGCUAAGCUGGUGAAAGUGAACGAGCCGGAUCUGGUGCUGUUUGUGGGCGAGGCUCUGGUGGGCAACGAGGCGGUCGAUCAACUGGUCAAGUUCAACCAGGCCAUGGCCGACUACUCGUCCUCGCACAAUCCGCAUCUUAUCGAUGGCAUCGUGCUCACCAAGUUCGACACCAUUGACGACAAGGUUGGAGCUGCCAUAUCGAUGACUUACAUCACAGGACAACCGAUAGUUUUUGUUGGUACCGGACAAACCUACACGGAUCUCAAGUCUCUCAACGCUAAGGCUGUUGUCCAUGCUCUCAUGAAAUAAUUCAUUUUAGUAGUAUUGUCUCAACUCAGUAUCUCUCUAUUAUUGUAGUUAUCCUCAAUUUGUUCUAAAUUAGAAACUGUAAUUUUGGAAACUACCAAUGUGUUUUUAAGCAUAAUUAGAAAACCUUUAUUGGAUAGAAUCAGAAUUUAUUUUACAUUAAAGUUUAAAGGGUAUUAAAAUAAUCAUUGAACUUGGGUUGGUUUUAAUUUUCAUAAUUAUUUUUUAUUUGGGGAUCUAUUGCAGCAAAGUAAAACGUUAAUCAAUUAUCGAUCCUUAAUGACCGUGACUAUUUAUUUCAUGUGUCAAGGCAUCUUGAGUAACAGCAUUUACUCGAAAGAAGAACUCAGCAUGAAUUGCAAGCUACUCAUACUUAUAAGUAGAUUCUUUACAAUCACUGAUUUUAAAUUUUAUACAUAUUUCCUCCAAUUAUCACAUCUUAAUAAGAUAUUUCAGAUUAUCAAGCCAUCUUUCCUAGAAAGUUUUUGAUUAUCUUACUGAUCUUUGAAAAAGAACAGAAUAUUUAAAGCUUAUGAUUGCCAGUAAACAGCUCAUUACUGUAAAACAGGUUUUGUUAUUUAUUAUUAAAAAGAAUCAAACUAAA